UGAAAUCCGAAUCCGUUUUAAUCAUGGCUUUCAAUUGGACGUUAUUGCUAACCAAUGGUACUUUGCAACUUGUCAAGUCAGGCACUGGAGAUCGUCCAAGACAAGGCGACAAGUGUCUGGUGCAAUGUAAACUGAUGAAUAAUUUUGUCGAGGAGAAGGACACUGAAGAAAGUGAGCAGUCACUCUUCAAGUUUUGGCUUCCGCUGGGUAGAGGUUUUUAUUCGAGAGACCUGGAACAAAUAGUUUCUGACCUAUAUGUUGGUUCAGAAUGCGUUGUACGAUCGUCGGAUGUUGUUGACCCAAACAAGUCCACCAUUUCUCUACAUUUGAGUUUACUUGAUGUCAUUCGUGGAGAAACAACCUCUGUAGAACAAAACGAAAGUAGUUGUAUUUUAGAAUCAGUUUCUCAGUUGAAGAACGAGGCCAAGCAUUUGAUGAGUAAUCCUUCCGUGCAGUUGGAACAAGUAGAGAAUGCAUUAGACAAAUAUGAAGAAGCUUUCGAUAUGUUGUAUUCUCACGCUACCGCCACAAUGUUGGAAAAACAAUCUUUUCGUGAAGUUAUGGUUGGCUUACGUUGUAAUUUGGCAAUAUGUUACAAUAGACUGUCUAAACCUUAUAUGGCAUGGUUACAUAGUAAUGCUGCUCUUAAUAUGAGACCGAUGGAAGUCAAAGCAGUAUUUCAACGUGCCAAGGCUUAUCUGCAUAUAGGCGACCUGUUUAAUGCCUACAGAGAUAUUCAGAUAUUGGAGUCUUGUAGUUAUUGUGAUGAUAUAGCAGUGAAUCGAUUAAAGGCCCAAGUCGAGCAAGCAAUCGAUCGGCAGUCGAAACAAAAUGACAGAGAGCUUCUAGAAAGUUUUCAAGUUGCUCUCAAUACUCGGUCUUUUGUGAUUCCUUCCCAUCUCAAUAUUAGAGCACAGAAGGAUCGUGUUUGCAACAAGUUUACAUAGAUGACUUGGGAUUCCUUGCUACAACUAUCCCAAGCGAGUUUCAAAUGUAUAGAAUGAUUCGUUGUAGUAACAAUUUGUAAUAGUGUAUUCUACAGGAUAUGACUUCAGACCUUGAAAGAAUCGCGAAUAUCCUAUCAACAGCUUUAUCCUCAUUACCAAAUACAAUUGUACAUUAUAAAGGACUUACAAAAAGC